GUGGAUGCAGUGAGUCUCGAUGAACACGAAGUGCGCGACGUCUCUUUUGCUUUUCCGCUCCUGAAUCCGUGUCGUGGAAUACAUUGACGGCAUGUUCCAUCCUCUCAAUAGCGGCAAGUCCCAUCGGAGAGCGAGGGUGAGCGAGGCCAAUGCAAAUCGCAGCCUGUGGAGGCUGCACUCCGCAGCCGGCGUCGCAGAAGCAGCAGGCCUCCCCUUUUCGACGACAAGGGCCCGCCCGACGGAUCAGAGGUCGAGAUCGUGGAGCACUCGACACAGGCAGCGGAUCACGAACAGCGUGUUGCAGGUGCUCGCAAAAAAGAAAAGGCGGCUGGAGAAGGGCAGGGUACAGGGGCCCCCAGGACCGAUCGCCCGUAGAUUUGAGAUUACCGAGCGCAUCCCGCACCCACCCCGAGCCAAUGGUGCCGUCGGGCUUGCCAGCCCUUCAUCUUCCCGCCAGCCUGCUGCACGAACAGCGUGCGCCCCCUAUUUCCCGUGACCGCAAAGGGCAGUCAGUAGCUAGCGCUUUCAUCGACAGCGUGCGGCGCCGUGCUUUUGCGCGCUGAUGCUUCGGGGCUCACUGCUUUGACAGCGGCAUCCGGCGCCCAUACCGACGUCCGCCGAUGACGCAGUGGCCCGUUCUGACCUCAGCGCUGGGAGCGUUUCACAGGCGGACGGCUGCCCUUGGGUUGAGCA